AUGGCUGCUAGCACCUCCAAAUUGACCCCUUCCCCAACCACACUCCGCAUCAUUUUCCACCUCAACGUUCCGACACCACUUCCCAGCCUACACACACCACCACCUACCAGCCACAGAGUACACCAACUACCAGUUACAGAGCACCACCUGUACCAGUUGCAGAGCACCACCACCUACCAGCUACAGAGUACACCACCCUACCACCACAGAUCACCACCACCUACCAGCUACAGAGUACACCACCCUACCAGCCACAGAGUACACCACCCUACCAGCCACACAGCAUACAGAUCCACCUACCAGCUACAGAGCACCACCACCUACCAGCUACAGAGCACCACCACCUACCAGCUUACAGAGCACCACCCUACCAGCUACAGAGUACCACCACCUCACCAGUUACAGAGCACACCACCACCAGCUACAGAGUACCACCAGAGACCUACCAGCUACAGAGCACACCACCCUACCAGCCAUGCUACAGAGUACCACCACCUACCAGCUACAGAGUACCACCACCUACCAGCUACAGAGUACACCACCUACCAGCUACAGAGCACCACCCUACCAGCUACAGACCCUACCAGUACCACCCUACCAGCUACAGACCACCACCCUGACCCACCACCCUACCAGCUACAGAGCACCACCCCUACCAGCUACCCACCACCAUAG